GCAGCAACAACAACAACAACUACAACAACUGACCUUCCCUCCACUAGAUACUGUCACAGCUACAGCUCAGAAGCCGGCCCCCACGACAUACCGGCUGUACAGUUCUAUGAGAAUAACAUCACUCGCUGGAGGGGACAGAUUAAAGAGGCCUUCACCCUGCUAGAUGACAUCAUGAGAAACAUCAAAGACACCGCAAUAAACCUGGAGUAUUUCAUCACAAACUUCCCCCGAGCCGUUCAUUACAUGGGUCUCUCUCUGGACGUUUUCCCGAGGAUAUACAACCCACUUAAAGACUGGGUCACAUCUGACGAGGCGUAUGUCAGGCGGCUCCAGGAGGAGAUGGAAGAACUGAAGAGGGAGAAGGUAUCCCUGGACUCUUUGGCUCGCCGACAUCGGAUGCAGGCCGGUGGUAUUCAGAGCAAAGUGAUUCGCUCACAACACCACAGUACAACACUGAGGGGUCGGCUCGUGGCCGCGCGGGACGAGAGGAGGGCCUGCCGGAAGAGGGAACUCUCCGUCAUGGACGCCACUGUUAAGAUUAGAGAAGAAGAUGGCAGGAAUGAAGACGGAACUGAAAAACGUGAAGAAAGAAAGAAUCGCAGCACAGAA